AUGGUUGAUUGCAAAAAUUGGAUGGGGGAAGCUGCGGUAGCGGGGGAAGGCGAGAGGCCUAACCAGACAGAGGGAGUACCCCCAGUUGCAGCGGAGCAGCAAGAAAGAUCAGAAGCACAACCAUCAACUAUUCCAACUGGUGUGCUCCCACAAUAUGUAGACGCGGGACUCCUUGUACAAAUAGUUAAAGCAGUGAUGGAGGGCAUGACUGGUUCGGCGACACAAACAACUCCCACCACGCAGAUUCCACAGGCAGCCCCUAUGACUAGCAUGACCACGGAUAACGUGGUGCCACUGGUGCGACUAGUCAAGAGUAUGAGGGAAAUGGGUUGUGAACCGUAUAUGAGGGAACAAGAUGCAGAGAUAACUGGAAGAUGGAUUAGGAAGGUAGAAAAGACCAUGAUUCAAAUAAGCAUACCCGAGGGUUUGAGGGUAAAUUGUGCAACCCAGUUACUGUCUGAUAGGGCCAUGACAUGGUGGGAAACAGUUCAGCUGAGGCAUGCAACCGAGACAUUAACUUGGAGUGAUUUCAAGACAGAGUUUGAGAAUCAGUUUUAUUCCAGGUACCAUCGCAAGGUGAAAGAACAAGAGUUCUUGGCAUUAAGACAGGGUGAUAUGUCGGUAUCGGAGUACGAAAGGAGGUUCCAUGAUCUCUCAUUGUUCACCCCACACUAUGUGCCGACAGAGGAACAUAUGAUUGAGAAGUUGAGAGAUGGUUUGCGACAGGAUUUGAGACAAGGAUUGAUCGCCUUACGAUUUAAAUCUGUGAGAGAGUUGAUUGAGGCUGCCCAAGCUCUGGAGGCUUGUAUUGGAGAAAGCCAAGGGGGACAUCAGGGUAUAGGCAAAAAGAGAGAUGGGGACUAUUUCAGCGGCAGACCACCACUCCCGAAGAAAGGAAAAAGUGGAGUGUUUGAGCAGUACAGGAAAAAAGGGAGCUUGAUGUUACCGCCCCACCAACAGUCAAGUGGGAGAGUGAUGGUUGGACAGUCGCACUCGAGGGAAAACUCUUCAACUGGGACUGGUGACUGCAAGGGUGUUGACUAUCCUUUUUGUCAUUUCAAGAGGGACUGCCCUAAAAGGAACACUGGACAGGUACAAAGCUAUAGGCAGCCCAGUCAGAGCCACCAACAGUCAGUCACCGUGAAUAGGCCAGUGAGAUCUUCUCAAUCAGGAGCAAACUCCAGUCGAGGGAGACCGAGAGCACAAAAUGAUCGGACCCCGGGGAGGGUCUUCCACCUGACACAGGAGGAGGUCAGGGCUGCAUCGGAUGUGGUGGCAGGUACACUACUAUUGAAUGAUUUUAAUAUGCAUGUGUUGUUUUAUCCGGGUACCACCCACUCAUUCAUUGCUAAGAGAAUUGUCAUUAAACUGAGAAAGGGAGUAGAAAUAGUAGAGAAGGGAUUCUUAAUUGGAACUCCAAUGGGAAACAUGGUUGAAACAAAUAUUGUGUAUGUGGAUGUGGGGGUUAGUCUAUCUGGGUAUGAAACAGAAGUAGACUUGAUUCCCUUAGAGCUGCAUGAUUUUGACAUAAUCCUAGGCAUGAAUUGGUUGAGUAAAUACAAGGCUCGAAUAGAUUGUUAUGCUAAAACUGUUACUUUCCAAACCCCUAAGGGUGAGAGAAUGAUUUUUAAAGGAGAGAGAAUUCUCAAACCGAUUGCCUUAAUAUCGGUGGUAACAGCCCAAAAACUUUUAAGAAAGGGAUGUAUGGGAUACCUCACAUACAUCUUAAACUUUGAUGAUGAAGGUCCACGACUGAAGGAUAUUCCUGUGGUGAAGGAAUUCCCAGAUGUGUUUCCCAAAGAACUACCGGGACUACCUCCGAAGCGAGAGGUAGAGGUGUCCAUAGACACUUUUCCUGGAGUCCCACCCAUAGCCCAACAACCGUACCGGGUGGCUCCGGCAGAACUGAACGAGUUAAAGACUCAACUACAAGAAUUGUUAGAUAAAGGGUACAUACGGCCCAGUAAUUCUCCUUGGGGAGCACCGGUCCUAUUUGUUCGCUGA